GGUACGCUGGUCACUUCGAACCGCCUCGACUUGGUCUUCGCAGAUUGUUACGCAUACCAGCAUACACAAGAAACUUCACUCAUCUUAUCAGCAAGCGACACAUACAAAACAAAGUGUCUCUGCUGGAAGCGUUGCUUCGUUUUGACUCUCUUGCUGUAGACCCAGUGCCCGUCGAGCUCUGGAUACAUAUCACCCGAAGUAGAAAUCUACCUAGAGAAUGGACGUGGAGCCAAUCUUCUGCGCGGAGCAGAUUGUCAUUCCGCACAACCUUGCGGACAUUCUUAAAGCUUACACGAAAGAGGUCAUCCGUCGGCAGCCAACGGACCUCAUAGCAUUCUCGGCAAAAUACUUCACGAACCUCGCGAAUGUGGCGUCUGGGGUAUCAAACAGCAGCGCACCAGCUAAGGAGCAGCUACGGCAAGUGUAUACACGAGGCGGCAGCGGCGGUGCUACGCUAACGGAGUCGCAGGUCACGGGCCUGUGCCAGCAGGCCGGCAUCGCGGACGCGGUGGUGGCCAAGGUGAUGGAGGUGGGCGCCUUCACGCCCGCCGCCGUGGACCUGUCCAAGUUCGUGUUCCUGUGCCUGGCUAUGAGCUGCGAGGACUUCAACCGCGUGUGCAUGGGCGUGUUCGACGUCUUCUCCGACAACGGCUCGCUGCCCGCCCAGGACCUGCUCACGCUCAUCGCGCACCUGGGCCCCGACAUGGACCCCGAGGUGACUCCGGCCUUCCUGGACGCGGUGGCGGCUGAGCUGCCCGCGGGCGGUGGCGCCGUGACCUACAUGGAGCUGUGCGAGGCGCCCAGCCUCAAGCCCAAGCUGGGGCUGUCGUGAGCAGGGGACGCAGGAGCAGGAGGAGGAGGAGAGGGGGAGGACGAGCAGGAGGAGGAGGGUAGGAGCAGAGGAGGAUAGUGCAGGGGGCAGCGCAGAGGCGGAGGAAAAGGGGUGGGAGAAAGGGAACUACGGAUUGUGGGCUUGCCAGUAGCGGUAUACGGUAUUGUAUGUGCUGCGCAUGCCUAUCUGGUGGCUGCUGCCUUUUUGGAGAUGUACAGGAUGCGGACGGCAAGUAUGCGUGCUUGGCGCCUUGGUAGGAUCAGCAAUUCGGCAUGAAUUGCGCACACGGCAGCUACAGCCACAGGGGCGGUGUCGCGUGGGCUGCGAAGUAUGGACACGUAUCGGAACCUUGAUUGUAAAUGGGCAUUAAAGGU